UCCUGAGAAGAAGGGAAUGAGCCAAAAAAGCAAGUGCGAGGAAGCUGUCAAGACAGCUAUAGAAGUUGGCUUCCGUCACAUUGAUGGCGCAUACAUAUAUGACAAUGAAGAUCAGGUUGGACGUGCUGUUCGACAGAAGAUUGCUGAUGGGACAAUAAAAAGGGAAGACAUUUUUUACACAGGAAAGCUUUGGAGUACCUUCCACCGGCCUGAGUUAGUUCGGAAGUGCUUAGAAGAAUCUCUGAAGAAGCUCCAGUUUGACUACAUGGAUCUGUUCAUAAUUCACAGUCCUUAUUCUAUGAAGCCUGGCCCAGAAUUAAUACCCAGGGGAGAAAAUGGAAAAUACAUUCCUGAUGUGGUAGAUCUUCGUAAAACAUGGGAGGUAGGUGACAGCCCUUACAAAAUCAGGACUCUUAGUAUUAAUAUUGUUAGUAUUUGUUUCUGCAAGACAGAAAAUGAUUCAUAG